GGGGAGAGCCCCGGGGCUCGGCGGAGCCGGUCCCGCCGCACCCGCAGCCGCACCGGCACCGGGCUGCGAGCGGCGGCGGGGCCCGGAGAGCGGCGGGGGCGAACCGGGGCAGCGCCGCCUCCUUCCUCCUCCUCCUCCUCCUCCUCCUCUCCUCCUCCUCCUUCCAGCCGGUGCCGCGGAGCGCAGGAGCCACCGGGGGCGGGAGCGGCCCCGCAUGCGGCCGGUGCCCGCGGGGGGAUGCGCCGCGCCCCGGCCCCGCCGCCGCCGCCGCCGCAAACUUUCCGCGGGGCCGUGAACCGGCAGGAGGAGGAGGAGGAGGAGAGCGACAAAUCCCUGAGGGGGCGACCCCAAAAAAAAAGCCUGAAAAAGAAAAACUACCCCAAAAAGCGGAGCUUUUUCCAGCCAGCGGUUCCUCGGUAAAACUUACCGAACUCGGCGCGGGGAAACGGCGGGAGGGGAAGAACCGGGAGGAGAAGAACCGGGAAGAGAACCGGGAGGAGAACCGGGAGGAGGAGAAGAACCGGGAGGAGAACCGGGAUCAGAACCAGCACCGGGAGCAGAAGAACCGGGAGCAAAAGCAGCAUCGGGCGGAGAAGAACCGGGAGCAGGAGCAGCACCGGGAGAAGCCCCGGGAGGAGCAGCAGCACCGGCAGGCUCCGCUCGAUGCGGCGCUGAGCCCCCGCGGCCCCGCGGAGCCAUGGCCAUGGUGGCCGGCGCUUGGGGCGAACCGAACGGUGGCGGAGCCGGUGGCACCGGAGGCGGCGGCGGCGGCGGAGCGGAGGAGGCGGCGUCCCCCGGCGGCGGCGGCAGCGACGCGGAGCACGGCGAGGAGGAGCGGCCCGGGGCCGGCGCGGACUGCGUGGUGUGCGGGGACAAAUCCAGCGGGAAGCACUACGGCGUGUUCACCUGCGAGGGCUGCAAGAGCUUCUUCAAGCGCAGCAUCCGCAGGAACCUCAGCUACACCUGCAGAUCCAACCGGGACUGCCAGAUCGACCAGCACCACCGGAACCAGUGCCAGUACUGCCGCCUCAAGAAGUGCUUCCGGGUGGGGAUGAGGAAGGAAGCCGUGCAGCGGGGCCGAAUCCCCCCGAGCCACUCGGGCAGCAGCCCCAACCCGCUGCCGGGGGCCGGCGACUUCUUCAACGGGCAGCCGGUGUCGGAGCUGAUCUCGCAGCUGCUGCGCGCCGAGCCCUACCCGGCGGCGCGCUACGGCGCGCAGUACGCGCAGCAGCCGGGCAGCGUCAUGGGCAUCGACAACAUCUGCGAGCUGGCCGCCCGCCUGCUCUUCAGCACCGUGGAGUGGGCGCGCAACAUCCCCUUCUUCCCCGAGCUGCCCGUGGCCGACCAGGUGGCCCUGCUGCGCCUGAGCUGGAGCGAGCUCUUCGUGCUCAACGCGGCGCAGUCGGCGCUGCCGCUGCACAUGGCGCCGCUGCUGGCGGCCGCCGGCUUCCACGCCUCGCCCAUGUCGGCCGAGAGGGUGGUGGCCUUCAUGGACCAGAUCCGCGUCUUCCAGGAGCAGGUGGAGAAGCUCAACCGGCUGCAGGUGGACUCGGCCGAGUACAGCUGCCUCAAGGCCAUCGCGCUCUUCACGCCCGACGCCUGCGGGCUGUCGGACCCGGCGCACGUGGAGGCGCUGCAGGAGAAGGCGCAGGUGGCGCUGACCGAGUACGAGCGCGCGCAGUUCCCGGCGCAGCCGCAGCGCUUCGGGCGGCUCCUGCUGCGCCUGCCCGCGCUGCGCGCCGUGCCCGCCGCCCUCAUCUCGCAGCUCUUCUUCAUGCGCCUGGUGGGCAAGACCCCCAUCGAGACCCUGAUCCGCGACAUGCUGCUGUCCGGCAGCACCUUCAACUGGCCCUACGGCGCCGGCCAGUAGGGACGGACGGACGGACGGACGGGCCGGAGAGCGGGAUUGGCCGGACAGCGGGACGGGCCAGAGAAUGGAACGGGCCGGACGGACAGCGGGAUUGGCUGCAGGGACAGCGGGACAGGCUGGACAGCGGGACAGGCCGGACAAUGGGAUGGGCCAGAAAAUGGAACGGGCCGGACAACGGGACAGGCCGGACAAUGGGACAGGCCGGACAACGGGACAGGCUGGACAAUGGGACAGGCUGGACAAUGGGACGGGCUGGACAAUGGGACGGGCUGGACAACGGGACAGGCUGGACAAUGGGACGGGCUGGACAAUGGGACGGGCUGGACAAUGGGACAGGCUGGACAAUGGGAUGGGCCAGAAAAUGGAACGGGCUGGACAACGGGACAGGCUGGACAAUGGGACAGGCUGGACAAUGGGACGGGCUGGACAACGGGACAGGCCAGACAAUGGGACAGGCCGGACAAUGGGAUGGGCUGGACAAUGGGACGGGCUGGACAACGGGACAGGCCGGACAACGGGACAGGCCAGACAAUGGGACAGGCCGGACAAUGGGAUGGGCUGGACAGCGGGACAGGCUGGACAAUGGGAUGGGCCAGAAAAUGGAACGGGCCGGACAACGGGACAGGCCGGACAAUGGGACGGGCUGGACAAUGGGACGGGCUGGACAACGGGACAGGCUGGACAAUGGGACGGGCUGGACAAUGGGACGGGCUGGACAAUGGGACAGGCUGGACAAUGGGACGGGCUGGACAAUGGGACGGGCUGGACAACGGGACAGGCUGGACAAUGGGAUGGGCUGGACAGCAGGACAGGCUGGACAAUGGGAUGGGCCAGAAAAUGGAACGGGCUGGACAACGGGACAGGCCGGACAAUGGGAUGGACU